AUGAACGCCAGCGGCCCCAGCUAUCCGCUCGCCUCGCUCUACGUGGGCGACCUGCACCCCGACGUCACCGAGUCCAUGCUCUACGAGAAGUUCUCGCCUGCCGGCCCCAUCCUGUCCAUCCGCGUGUGCCGCGACGUGGCCACCCGCCGCUCGCUGGGCUAUGCCUACAUCAACUUCCAGCAGCCGGCCGACGCGGAGCGGGCACUGGACACAAUGAACUUUGAGGUGAUCAAAGGCCAGCCCAUCCGCAUCAUGUGGUCCCAGCGAGACCCUGGGCUGCGCAAGUCAGGUGUGGGCAACAUCUUCAUCAAGAACCUGGAGGGCUCCAUUGACAACAAGGCCUUGUAUGACACCUUCUCCGCCUUUGGGAACAUCCUUUCUUGCAAGGUGGUGUGUGACAACAAUGGCUCCCGAGGCUUUGGCUUUGUCCAUUUUGAGACCCAUGAGGCCGCGCAGCAGGCUAUCGGCACCAUGAACGGGAUGCUGCUGAAUGACCGCAAAGUCUUCGUCGGCCACUUCAAGUCCCGACGCGAGCGGGAGGCAGAGCUAGGGGCUCAGGCCAUGGAGUUCACCAACAUCUACGUGAAGAACCUCCAUGUGGACAUGGAUGAGCGGGGUCUGCAGGAGCUCUUCUCCCAGUUUGGGAAGAUGCUGAGUGUGAAGGUGAUGAGGGACAGCAGCGGCCACUCCCGGGGCUUUGGCUUUGUCAACUUUGAGAAGCAUGAGGAAGCCCACAAGGCCGUGGUGGGCAUGAACGGAAAGGAGGUGCGCGGGCAGCUGCUGUACGUGGGCCGGGCCCAGAAGCGGGUAGAACGGCAGAACGCGCUAAAGCGCAGGUUCGAGCAGAUAAAGCAGGAGCGGCUGAACCGCUACCAGGGCGUGAACCUGUAUGUGAAGAAUCUAGAUGACUCCAUCAAUGAUGAGAAACUGAGGAAAGAGUUCUCUCCCUACGGAGUGAUCACCAGUGCAAAGGUGAUGACAGAGGGUAGCCACAGCAAGGGGUUUGGCUUUGUGUGUUUUUCCUCUCCAGAAGAGGCGACGAAGGCCGUGACAGAGAUGAACGGGCGCAUCGUUGGCACCAAGCCACUGUAUGUGGCGUUGGCCCAGCGCAAAGAGGAGCGGAAGGCCAUCUUGACCAACCAGUAUAUGCAGCGCCUCUCCACCAUGCGGGCCCUGAGCGGCCCCCUCCUGGGCUCCUUCCAGCAGCCCACCAGCUACUUCCUGCCCGCUGUGCCCCAGCCUCCAGCCCAGGCUGCGUACUAUGGCUCUGGCCCCAUAGCGCCCAUCCAGCCAGCUCCCAGGUGGACGGCCCAGCCGCCUCGCCCGGCUUCUACCUACCACCCACCUACCUCCAUGGUCCGGCCGCCCCCCUCAUCUCGGCGCCCCUCUGCCCACGUCAGCAACUUUAGGCAGGCUUCCACCCAGGCGCCACACCCGGUGCCCCACACUCAGCGAGUGGCUGACAUUGGCACCCAAACCACAGGCCCCUGUGGGGCAGGAUGCUCUACGCCAGGCGGCCCGCUCCUGACUCACAGAUACUUCUCAGUGCCACCCACCACCUGCGGGGUCCAGGAGCCUGCUGUGCACAUCCCGGGACAGAAGCCGCUGACGGCAUCCAUGCUGGCCGCUGCACCGCCGCACGAGCAGAAGCAGAUGAUUGGUGAGCUUCUCUACCCCCUAAUCUACGAUGUCCACACUCAGCUGGCUGGCAAGAUCACAGGCAUGCUGCUGGAAAUUGACAACUCAGAGCUGCUGCUGAUGCUGGAGUCUCCAGAGUCCCUCCAUGCCAAGGUGGAUGAGGCUUUGGCAGUGCUGCAAGCACAUCAGGCCAUGGAGCAGACGAAAAUCGUGCCCUGACAUCAGGUGGGUGGGGGAGGGGCAGCUAAGCCCAGAAGCUGUGAAGAACUGGCCAGGAACUUUCACCAGCUCCCUGAGAAACCUUUGUACUGCUUUCUGAGGCGCCAAAGAAGGAGUCUGGGGGGGAAGUUGAGGGCCAAAGGAGAGGAUAAACUGUGCUUACAAAGGGCACUGAUGCUCCUGCGAAGUGAAGGUGUUCCCUGGCCAGCCGCCCUGUCUGGCCUGACUCAGACUGGGCUGGGUGCCCCCUGGACAUGGCCUGACUCCAUUCUGCUUGCCUCACAGCCUGACUGGGCCUUGUCUCUGUACUCAGUGGAAGGCUGGGUAUCUGCCGUACUUUGGAAACAUUUAUUUUUUACCUUUCAUGCCCAGAAAAUGGAACCCUCACUCCCCUGGCUGACAGAACAGCAUUUCCUGCUCAUGACUCUAGGCCUGUGAAUCAUAACUUAUUUCUCAGUUGGGCUGUACCUUGCGCUGGAGCUCUGUGGAAUGCAGGCGGGUCACUUAGCAAGCCUGUUGCCUUUUGCUUUGUGCAUUAAAAGUGCUGCAAAAUAUCUUGUCUUCCAGAAGCCUCCUUUUCCUGGGGUGGUGGGGCAAAGCAGAGGGCAGGCUUGACUGGGUGGGGCUUUGGCAGGAAGGAACUGAAACCCAGGCGGCACAGAGGGUCCAUAUACAAGAAGAGAACUGUCGGGAACUGACAGGUGCAGCGUCCUGCCCACCGCAGGUGCAGAGGAUGGCUAAAUGGCUGCCGUUCCAAUGCACUGAAUGACCUAAGCUACAGGUGCCCAUGCCAGAUGUGCGUGGGGCUGAUGGAGGGGUUGUGUGAUGU